AUGCAAUUUCCUUGGCGCGGUUACUACGAGCUAACGCGCCUUCACAAAUCCUUACUGGGCAAUGCUCUUGUGUUCUGGCCGUGUGCUUGGGGUUUGACCAUGAGCUCCUACCACGUCAAUACUCCUGUUGCACCUUUCAUGACUCAGAUUCUCAUAUUCGCAAUCGGAUGUAUCUUUCUCCAUAGCGCAGGCUGCGUCUUGAAUGAUUUAUGCGAUAUGGAAUUCGGCCGCAAGCUGGAACGGACCAAAUGCCGUCCCCUUGCUGCUGGAAUCGUCUCUGUGACUGGAGCCCGGAUCUUCCUGUUCUUGCUUUGUUCUGUCAUUAUUGGUAUGCUCAUGUACACGAACCACAUUGCGGCAUUGUGUGGUUGCUUCGGGUUGUUUCCCUUGCACGCGCUAUACCCAUUGACAAAGCGUUGGACGUGGUGGCCACAAGGCUUGGUUAGCUGGGGACUUCCUACAGCGUGGUUGAGUGUGCAGCCUGAUAUUCAUGCGUGUCCGAUGUAUCUAUUGUUUUUUGGUUGCAUCGGCUGGACAAUUCAUUAUGAUACCAUGUAUGCCUCGCAAGAUCGGGUUCAUGACACCAAAAUUGGACUGAAGUCCACGGCCGUGCUCUUCGGUGACAAUGUCCAGAUGAUACUUACCGCAUUCUGCAUGGCAUUCCUGGUAUCCUUCGUGAUGGCCGGGCACUACAACAAUCAGAGCAUGCUUUAUUACAUCUUCUCCUGUGGAGGAGCUGCGGCACAUCUAUGCUGGCAAUUGUUGACUUGGCAGACGAGCGAGAUGAAGGACAGCGCUGCGAAGUACGAAUCAAAUGGAAUGGUUGGUCUCAUCAUUUGGAUGGGAAUGAUAUUUGAUUAUGCUUGGAAGCGAUGGUUCAUAUAG